AUGUACGGAGAUCAGGCUAAUAAGCUUAUUUCAGAAGCGAAAAGAGCUCUCAAUCUUGAUAAGAUCCCCCUAUAUGAGCGGGAUCUUAUCAGAUCAAUAGUGCGAGAAACUAGAGACUUGCAAAGAGAAGCAGAUAUCUUAACACAGGAAGCCCAACAGAAUUCAGCGAGUCAAACAGGAGACAAUAUAAUACCGAGCAAUACAGAUAAAGUGAAGCAAUGUCAGCUGUUUGUCACACAUCUUUGCAUGAGACGUAAUAAGCGAUGUGUAUUGGCAUAUCAGCGUCAGAGAGCUAAGCAGAUUGACGGUCUAGUAUGGUCUAAUGUGGAAAUAGAUAAGGAUACUACUGAAAACUUCUCACAGCACGAGCAGGAUUACCUAGCGCGAUAUAAUGAGCUUGUGAGUGAGUUUAAGGGAGCCAUGACUGAUGUAAACCUCGGUGGAUCUUUGGAGCCUCCUAGUGAUGUAUUCAUUGAUGUCAGAGUACUCAAGGAUGCAGGAGAAAUCCAAACCGAAUACGGUGUAUUCAAUUUGACCAAGGACUCUCAGUUUUUUGUGAGGCAGGCUGAUGUGGAAAGGCUCAUUCAGCAGGGCUAUUUGAAGAAACUAUAG